UUCUUUCUGACAGAGUUUAUGCAUUCAUGUCUUAUGCUCUUGUGGGUGUAACAUCUGCGAAUACCGCCACUUUCGCAGAUGCCUAAUAGUCACUCUUAUCAUACGCCGCUUGAACGGUCGCCUCUCCAAGUCUAAAUCUCCAAAAACAACCUCUGCAAAUUAAAUUCUGCGGCCCAUCAAAUGCAGUUUUCACAAACGAUUAAGAAGGAAUCGCAUGUACGUAGAAGGUCUCGGUGCAAAUUAUACCUUGGCAUAUGUAGCAACUCUUUGUGCAGCCUAUUCAGGGUUACCGCUUGUGAUGGAAGCCUUUUCAGCCCGCCACGUGAGAAAUAAUCCAUUUAAAUGCGUUGAGAGAUUUUAUAGCCGCGAUGGCUUCGGAAUUGCUAACAAUUGCAGUAAUCAUGUACCACUUUGAUGCCUAAUUCACGUCAACUCUAUUCAAGUUCAGGAUGCCUCCAUAUUGAGGAUCCGCAAACUCCUGGAAUGAAAACCUUAGCGCGACGCUCUGUGAAUAUGCUUAAAAAUGAUUCGCAUCUUUGUCCGUCUCAAACGUUCAAGUGCUCUGGGAAUAUGCUUAAAAAUGAUUCGCAUCUUUGUUCGUCUCAAACGUUCAAGUCUCAAAAUUUAGAUUUUUCCCAUUCGCCCUCAAAGAUCUUAAGCUUAACAGAAGCCGUUUGAAUCUUCAAAAAAUUGUAAAUGACAAUGGUGAAUUGCAAGCGUCUGGUUGAGGCUUAUCUGGAGGUUUCUCAUAGCAAGGCUGCUGUAUACUCAGAUAGAAAGGGCGACUUUGAGACCAAGAUUGACCUAGAAAUCUACAGAAUUUUAU